AUGGCGUCGGGAUACGGAAUGCACGGCGGCGUUGGCCGCUGCUUUCGUUUCUGGCAAGAAGUCAUGGCCUGCUACGUUGUCAAUACAAGUGCCGAGGAUGACUCGGGCAAGAAGAAGUGUUCGCGGCCGCUGGAAGACUACUACGAAUGUCUGCAUCACAAGAAGGAGCAUGCGAGGGCGCUCGCCAUGCAAGCUGCGUACGCGCGAGCGGAGUCAGGCACCCCUCGAGACGAUGCGCCGAGCGCUGGUCAAAUACGGAAUUUGGGGUUGUUGGGCAAGGAGGAAGACACCAAAAAGGUCUUGGGCCAGAGCUAG